AUGGCGGCAAUAAGAAGAAACCUCUGUAGGCUUCAGCGGGUCUAUUCGUCUGCAGCUGCAAUUGAGUCGACGACGGGGGGCGUGAAAGAUUACGAAGACUAUAGGAGGUCCCUUUACGGUGACAUCACCCACAAAGCUCUCCUUGUUGAUGCUGUCGGCACCCUCCUUGUUCCUUCUCAGCCUAUGGCUCAGAUAUAUAGGCAGAUAGGGGAGAAGUAUGGGGUGGAAUACUCAGAGGCUGAGAUUUUGAACAGAUACAGACGAGCUUACGAGCAGCCUUGGGGCAGAUCUCGUCUCAGAUAUGUAAAUGAUGGGAGACCCUUUUGGCAAUAUAUAGUCCGAUCUUCUACUGGUUGUUCAGAUUCUCAGUACUUUGAAGAACUUUAUAACUACUAUACAACUAACAAGGCUUGGCACCUAUGUGAUCCUGAUGCUGAGGUUGUAUUUGAAGCUCUAAGGAAAGCAGGUGUCAAAGUUGCUGUCGUGUCAAAUUUUGAUACCCGAUUAAGACCUCUUUUACAGGCAUUAAAUUGCGAACAUUGGUUUGAUGCGGUAGCAGUGUCAGCAGAAGUAGCAGCGGAGAAGCCAAAUCCCACAAUAUUUAUUAAAGCUUGUGAGUUAUUAGGAGUCAAACCUGAGGAUGCUGUGCAUGUGGGGGAUGAUCGUAGGAAUGAUUUAUGGGGCGCUAGAGAUGCAGGUUGUGAUGCUUGGCUUUGGGGAAGUGAUGUCCAUUCCUUUAAGGAGGUGGCUCAGAGGGUAGGGGUCCGAGUUUGAUAUGUCUUCUGAAACAUGAUGAUGGUCUCUUUGUAUAUUCUUCUUUGUUGUAAUCUGUAUGAGAGACGUGAGGCAACAACACGGUUAAAACUUGAAUAGGUACAUCUUUAACUUAUUGUUUUUUUUUU